UACAGCUCGGCUUCGCGCUGUUUGUGUUGCACGUAAUAUUUUAUGUGAAAUAAUAGAAAUAUUAUGUGAAAUAUAUGUUAUUCGUGUUUUUCUUAUACUUCGUUAUUUUAUUAUCAUUCGUUUCGCGCAUGUAGUGCUACUAAAAGGAGUUUUUAAGUGGUAUCAAACAAGUAACCUAUGACAGUGUUGGCGCUGCGAACGGUUUAUGGACCUAACAAGAUAGUUUGAUUAUUAAAGAGAGUGAUGAGUUUUGCCCAAGCAAUUGCUAAAAUGAAGGAUACUGUCAAUGAAUUCAAUGAAAAUAAAGGAAAAUCUACGCCUAUCGCCAUGGUGGCCCCUGAGGUGAAGCAGAGUGCGGAGGCCGACACGGAGAUCACCAAAACCUGUGCAGUCCUCGGCUGUGAUGACUCUAAGAACAUGAAUGAUGAGUCUUUUUUCAGGUUUCCAGAAGACCCUCAACUCCGACAAGUCUGGACAGACCUAACAGGCCGGAACAACUGGACGCCCACCGACUUCUCGUACAUCUGCAUCCAGCACUUCUCGGUGGACUGCUUCCACUGCAAUGCCAACGAUGACAUGGUGCUGAACAGCAAAGCGGUGCCAUCACAGAAGCUCCCUCAUCAUGUUCUUGAGGUGGAGUACAUAGAUGAAGAAACGCUAGACAAUGAAGAUGACUACGAAAUGGACUCCCAAGACGAAGACAGAGACUCCCAGGACGAACACAAACCCAAAUUCAACAACAUAUCACACUCCAAGCCAACCAACGGACAUGACAAUGUCGAGCUCCUUCGACUCUUCACGGAGGUCCAGAAGAUGCAGCGGCAAGCCGUCGGCCUCCGAGACAAACUCAAAUACAACAUGAGAAUACAUAACAGACAAAACAAAAGACUACAAAGACUAAAGCAAAUCAUAGAAACUAAAAAGAACAUACUCAAUCAGAAACGGAAGAAAAAGUCACGGAUACUACUAACUUUACAAGACAAAAUUAAAGAGGAUAAGAACGGUUUAGUUUUAGCUAUGCCCACUAGGCAUACGGAUGAUUUGAAGAACUUUGCACUUAGUAUUUACAAAUAUUCCCCACAGGCAUACAUUUACAUUAGGAACACACUGCGAACUAUGUUACCGAGCACAGACGUGCUAGAGACGUGGGUGGACGCAGGGUACACGCCUAAAAACGUGAUGACGAAUAGUAAUAUGAUUAAAGUUAAUUGUGAACAAACUGAUAAAGAACUGAGCUGCAAAGUUACGUUAGGAUGAAUUGAUUGUAUGAUAAGAAUAGACUGCAGGUAUUUUUGUGAAUAAAGACAUUUGAAAUGUUA